UUGGUGGAGCGUAGGAUCGAGAGAGAAGCAAGGGAAAGAAAACAUGGCUUUAAAUAGUAAUAAAAUAAUAAAAAUAGUAAGGAAGCAAAAAUUGACGUUUGUCAAAGUAUUGUCCGACGGUACAGUACUUUUGCACACAGUUAUACCGGUAUUUACAAAUAUAUUUAGGAUAUUUUGAAAGCUAGCAUUGUACUAGUAGGCCUAAACCCAAAAUACCGCAGUAUACCGUAUUACCUUAAUCGAAAGUACAUUUUGAAAUUAAUCCUAAACCUCGAUCGCAAGCUAACUAGCUAUAUCUCAAGUAAUAAUUGUAGCAGAUAAUCUGAUUCAUAGUUCGUAAAGGAUAUUUUUUCUCAAUACUUGUUAUUACUUUACCAUAGUGUACGAAGUUGCAUGAUUCAGAUUUUGGUUGUUAGCAUAAAGAGGUGGGCGACCUAACGAUGAAGGUAAGCCUUGGUAUGGGCUGCGGUGUUGAACUAUAGGCUACUAUACAAGAUACACGGAUGAACCAGUUUCGUGUCCAAUAUUUAUCCAUUUUUUUCAAGGACUACCAUACUUGGUUGCCUGGUUCAUGUCUAAGUUUACCGUAGCUGAUUUUGCAACAGCUCUGCGUGACUCUCCGAGGCGUAAGUAAUCUAAUCAUUUUCGUACAAGCCUUUGUCACUCAGAGGCGGUGUGGUGCGUUUGUGAGCAAAUAUAACAAAAAUCAGUGAAGAUGAGAUCAAAAUACUGAAUCGAAAAGAAAAUCAGUGGUUUCUCCAAUCCUUAGAGGAAAGACGUAGAGAAGCGCAGCCAUGAUGGCGUCCGGGUACAGCGCGAAGGAAGAAGACGGCCACCUUCCCGGGGCGUCGGGGGCGGCCGGGAGCGGUGUGGCCAAAAGCAAGAAGCCCGACAACACCGCCUUCAAGCAGCAGAGGCUGCCCGCCUGGCAGCCCAUCCUGACGGCAGGCACCGUGCUGCCGGCCUUUUUCGUGAUCGGCCUGAUCUUUAUCCCUAUUGGAAUCGGCUUAUAUGUAACGUCCAACAAUAUAAAAGAAUUCGAGAUCGACUACACGGGUGCUGACAUGUCCAGCCCGUGCUUUAACUGCUCCCAGAGCUCGAGCUGGAACAGCACAUGGCCCUGUCGCUGCUCCAUCGCCUUCACCCUGGACCAGCCCUUUGAGAGCAAUGUGUUCAUGUACUACGGACUGUCGAACUUCUACCAGAAUCACAGACGUUACGUGAAGUCGAGGGAUGACAGCCAGCUCAAUGGCGACAAGUCAUCACUGAAGAAUCCAAGCAAGGAGUGUGAACCAUAUCGCACUAGUGACAACAAGCCGAUUGCCCCGUGUGGCGCUAUUGCCAACAGCCUUUUCAACGACACUUUGGAGCUGUUCUAUAUUGACCCCAAUGGCACUAGAACCCAGAUUCCCCUGAUGAAAAAGGGGAUUGCGUGGUGGACGGACAAGCACGUGAAAUUCAGGAACCCUGGUGGAACCAACUUAAACCUCAGUACGGUCUUCCAGGGCACAGCCAAACCUGUAAACUGGCACAAAUCCGUGUACGAGCUGGACGCGGAUCUCGAAAACAACGGCUUCAUUAACGAGGAUUUCAUAGUGUGGAUGCGCACAGCAGCCCUGCCCACCUUCCGCAAACUCUACCGGAUCAUCCAGAAGAAAAGUAACAUGACCCCCACCCUGCCCAGGGGCAAUUACACCCUAGAUAUCACCUACAACUAUCCGGUGCUAAGCUUCGAGGGCCGCAAGCGAAUGAUCCUGAGCACGAUUUCCUGGAUGGGGGGAAAGAAUCCCUUCCUGGGCCUGGCGUACAUCACUGUGGGCUCCGUCUGCUUCUUCCUGGGUGUGGUGCUACUCAUCAUCCACCACAAGUAUGGGAACCGCAACAACAGCGCUGACAUCCCCAACUGAGGCUCCGGCGCAGGAAGCCCCACACCCCCGCCCCGUGGCAGGGAUGCCCGGCCAGGAUCGCUUGCUCAUUAGACACCCAAAGCUCUCCUCUUAGUGACAACGCAUCCCGUGUACGUUUGGAAGCCUCCCCGCUUGUGUGAAGGGCCCCCCGCCCGGGUUGUUAGGAGUCACACUCUAGUGAAUGAAAAUAACAAAACUGCUGUGAGAUUUUUGCUGUAUUUAAAGGUCCCCAUUUACCAAACUAGUGAAUUAUAUGUUUCCUUUUGUUCUUUUUUUUCCUCUGUAAAUGUAUCAGUGUAGACAGUGUGUGGUUAUGUUGGAGUGGAGACUACUGGCUAGCAAAUGACUUGAAGAUGUAAAUAAGCUGCGCUGAUGUGGAUGUUCAAAUUUACGAUUUAAAAUGUGUGAAAUAUGCAGAUAAGCGGCGGUAAUGCACUGUGUGUGUCGUUUGAAACGAAGUGCACAGGAUGGUUUGGCUCUUGACAUAUUGAGAUACAGUAUGUUGCAUGUUACAGAAAACGGCAGCUUAUCCCCUUUAAAAUAUUCAGUGAAAUUCUUCAUUCCUGAAUUUAAUAACCUUGAAUUUAAGAAGUGCAAGAGGAUCUUGGUACAAAUUGUACUCUGCUUUGUAAAAGCUUGUUGCUUGCGCCCAUGUGUUUCUUUACUGUGAGAUACACCUGUGUUCAUUACAAGUGCAUGACAGCCUAAAACAAGGAAGAGUUUGGACCAAAUUAUUCCUUUGAACUGUAAGCUUAAUUUACUUCAGUGGAGUAUGGCUAUUUAAUGACCAUUAGACUAUAAAUACGAGGGGUUUGGGCAUCGUAGUACAGGCAUUUUUUAUUUCUGACCUUAUGCAAUGUUUCCCUGUGCGUGAUAAUCUCACAUUUUAUUGUUUCGUAUGGUCAAUUCAAUAAACACUACAAAACAA